UGUGUGUGAGUACGCGCGUCUAACGCUACAGGCUCCCCACAUUAAUAACGAUGGCAUAAUGCGUGUCGGCGACAACUGGACGCCGUCAGUUCUGGACAACGCGUCCGGCCGAACGGACGCAAAGUCUUGACAUUCUUCAACCAAGCAACCAUCCAUCAUUGGCCGGCAGUGCCAAUUCCAAAAUUCCUUCUAAUAAUACAAUUUUGAUGGAAAUCUUUCAUAAUUAGUGCUUACAAAGACAUUAAACGAAUUGUGGAAAAAUCUUAUCCAAAGAUGUUCAAAAUGGAAAUAAAUUUAGCGUACGUGAUUGGAAUCGUAUCGCUACUGGUGGCGCUAUACGUGUACCUGACGCGCAAUAACAACUUCUUCAAGAGUUUCCCUAUACCAUGCAUGCAGGUGGAACCUCUGUUUGGUAGCCAUCGUAAAUUAUUACUUAAGCAAAUUUCGUUGCAUGACUUUGUUCGCUCAAACUACGAACGGUUCCCGAAUGCUAAAAUUUUCGGUUUGUUCGAGAUGAUAACGCCUAUGUUUGUCGUACGCGAUCCGGAGCUGAUCAAGCAGAUCACGGUGAAGGAUUUCGAUCACUUUGUCAACCAUCGUGCGAUACUACCGGGAGAUGGAUCAAGUUCCAGCAAUUCGUCUAUAAUGUUCACGAAGGUACUAUUCAACCUCAACGGUCAGCGGUGGCGUAACGUACGGAACACACUCAGUCCUGCAUUCACGGGCAGCAAGAUGCGUCAGAUGUUCACCAUGAUCGUGGAGUGCAGCGAGAAUAUGAUAAAAGAACUUGCAACCUUCACCGGACAGGAAUUUGAAGUGAAGAAUCUCUUCAUACGUUUCACGAACGAUGUGAUAGCGUCCUGUGCUUUUGGAGUGCGCAUCAACUCGUUCCAAGACAAGGAAAACGUGUUCUAUCGUUACGGCAAGGACAUCACGAAUUUUGGCCGGCUAAAAGUAUUUCUCAAAAUUAUGGGGUACCAACUGGUCCCGAAGCUGAUGGCAUGGCUAGAGAUUGAUAUUUUUGAUCGCGAACAUGUACAAUUUUUCAUAGACCUGUUCAGACAGUCGGUACAGGAACGGGAGCAGCAUGGCAUUGUUCGUCCGGACAUGAUCCAUCUGCUGAUGCAAGCUAAUAAGGGUAAGCUGCGAUAUCAACCAACAGACCACGAGGAAGUGGAAGGUUUUGCAACGGCGAAGGAAUCCAAUGAUGAGAAGGUCGUCCCAGAAGAUAUGGUAAAGCUCAGCGAGAAUGAAAUGGUAGCUCAGUGCCUGAUAUUCUUCCUAGCUGGCUUUGAUAUAAUCGCAUCUGUCAUGACCUUUCUUCUGUAUGAGGUAGCUCUAGAUCCCGAAAUCCAGCAGCGUUUGUACGAGGAGAUUCAACAAGUGUCAGAAUCACUAGAUGGAAAGUCAAUCACAUAUGAUGCUUUGCAAAGUAUGCGUUAUCUGGACAUGGUUGUAUCCGAAACGCUGCGAAAGUGGCCAUCACAACCUGCUACUGAUCGACUGUGCAACCAAGACUACAAGGUGACUGAUGUGACUCCGAAUGUUGACAUUAUUAUACCAAAAGGAUGCAUCGUGUCCAUCCCCAUUACCGGUUUGCAUUAUGAUCCGGCCAUCUACCCCGAUCCAACCCGCUUCGAUCCAGAACGCUUCAACGAUGAGAAUAAGCAUAAGAUACCACUGGGAGCAUAUCUGCCUUUUGGGUUGGGACCACGUAAUUGUAUUGCUUCCCGAUUUGCUCUCAUGGAGGUGAAGGCCAUCGUGUAUCAAUUGCUACGGAAUUAUGAGUUUAAGCGCUCCGAACGUACACCGGUACCUUUGAAGCUCGCGAAAGGUUUCGCCUCUACUAGCGCAGAAAAGGGCAUAUAUCUCCAGCUGAGUCCACGGCAGGUAGCAUAAAGUUAGUUUGGCUUUGUUGCAUAUCACGGCACAAUUUAAAAUAAAAUGAAUGCUAUUAGGUGAAAGGUAAAACACAAAACGAAUCUGCACAAUUAUGUGAAACUUUCUGUAUUAAGGACGAUAUUACAAAUAAAAUGGAAGUAUUACUUUCUUGGAAUAUUGCAUACAUUAUUGUUAUAUUAUUAUAUGUAUGACUUUGAGCAAAGCAACUAAAUGCUA